AUGCUCGACUAUCGAUCUGAUGGCCGCCGCAGAGCAAGGCUAUGGCCUGCAUUUGCCACCGCCAUUUGCCAGUUAGGGCAGGUCGUGCCUCAAGUGUGCGGCUGCGGUGCGGCACGGAGGCGGCGUCGGUGCGGCGGCGGCGCGGCGCGGAGUCGGCGCGGCGGGUGCGCGCGCGCCGCGGCCGCUGCGGGGCGGCGGCGCGGCGGUGGCGGGGCGGGCGGCGGCGGCGGGCGUGGCGCGAGGGCGGCGCACGGCGCCAUUCGCCGCGGCCGGCGCCCCGCCCCCGCCGCCGCCGCCACCGCCGCCCCGCCGCCCCGCACGGGCCGUGCGGCCACCGCUUCGCUCAGUGCUUCGCGAGUCGUCGCCCGCGUCGCACGCGUCGCGAACACAGUUACGCACACAAGUACGCGCCGUUGCAGAUGCGAGCACGCCGCCGCUGAAGCGAUGCCCGCCGAGGAGGAAGCCGCGGCGAUGGACGCCCGCGAUGCCGCUGACGGCUCGCCGCAGCAGUUCUGCCUGCGCUGGAACAACUACCAGAGCAACCUAGCCAACUGUUUCGAUCAGCUCCUGCAGACCGAGUCGUUCGUCGAUGUGACGCUCGCCUGCGAGGGGCAGAGUCUCAAGGCGCACAAGGUGGUGCUGUCCGCAUGCAGCCCCUACUUCCAGACGCUGUUCAUGGACAACCCGUGCCGGCACCCGAUCAUAAUCAUGCGCGACAUAAAGUACUGCGACCUGAAGGCGGUGGUGGACUUCAUGUACCGCGGCGAGAUCAACGUGUCGCAGGACCAGAUCACGGCGCUGCUGAAGGUGGCCGAGAUGCUCAAGAUCCGCGGCCUGACCGACGUGAGCGGCGAACAGGCCGUGCUGAGGGCGGGCGGCGGCGAGAUGCGCGCCCCCAAGAGGCCCGUGAGCCGCGAGACCGACUCCCCGUCGAAGGCCCGCCGCCGCUCCGCCGAGGGGCCCAGCCCGCCCGCCGACCUGCUGCCGCCGGACGCCCCCGCGCCCCUGCCCCUGCACACGGACGACAUCGACAUCCGCCCCGGCAUCGCCGAGAUGAUCCGCGAGGAGGAACGGGUAAGUGUCACCGCACCACAGCCACAGCGCGCGGCGGCCACCCGACCGCACGCCGCCCCGUCGCCCCGUCGUCGCCCCGUCGUCGCCCCGUCGCGCGCCCAACUUUUCCCGCCGCCCGCCCGCGCGCCCCCUCCGAAAACUUUCCCGCUCGUAUCGCGUUUCCUAAUUAAUUCGUUUCGGGCCCGUCGCUUCGUCGCGUCUAACACCAAAACGGCCGUG